CUGUAGACAAUACUUAAAGUUUUAAACAGAGUAGUAGCAGAAAACAUAUGUGAUUGGAUGAGGGAGAUAAUGGCAGAACAAGAAUACCAAAUAGUUCCUUUUCCUGAUGAUAUCAAAUGCACAGAUUUUGAUCCUCACUUUGUCUGGGGUGCUUCCACAUCUGCCUAUCAGAUUGAAGGCGCUGCAUCUGAUGGUGGUAGGGGCCCAAGUAUUUGGGAUGUUUUCUGUCUCACAAACCCAGGACGCAUUGUUGGUGGCGAUAAUGGAAACAAUGCUGUUAAUGCAUACUAUAAAACAAAGGAAGAUGUGCAGACUAUGAAGAAAAUGGGCCUGAAAGCAUACCGAUUCUCAAUUUCAUGGAGUAGAAUAUUACCAGGAGGAAAAUUGUGUUUGGGCAUCAACCAAGAGGGGGUCGACUACUACAAUAACCUAAUCAAUGAGCUUUUAGCCAAUGAAAUUGAGCCAUAUGUCACUCUAUGGCAUUGGGACACACCCAAUGUCUUGGAAGGUGAAUAUAUGGGUUUCUUAUGUGACAAAAUUAUAUCUGACUUCACAAAUUAUGCUGAAUUUUGCUUCUGGGAGUUCGGUGACCGGGUUAAGCACUGGACCACGUUGAACGAACCCCAUUCUUACUGUGAGAAGGGAUACACUAAGGGCACAUUUGCACCUGGAAGGGGAGGUGAAGAUGAGCCCGGGAAUCCUGCCACAGAGCCGUAUAUAGUAGCACACAACCUACUCCUUUCCCAUGCAAAUGUUGUUAGUUUGUACCGCAGGAGAUUUCAAGCAAGUCAAGGGGGGGAAAUUGGGAUUACACUCAAUACGAAGUUUUAUGAGCCCCUUAACUCAGAACUUCAGGAUGACAUUGAUGCAGCCCUCAGAGGCAUAGACUUCAUGUUCGGAUGGUUCAUGAAACCAUUGUUUAGUGGUAAAUACCCAGAUUCAAUGAUUGAGAAUGUUACUGAUGGUCGUUUACCUAAGUUUACUAAAGAACAAUCGAAGUUAUUGAAAGGAUCAUAUGAUUUUCUCGGGUUGAACUAUUAUGUUUCCCAAUAUGCCACCACCGCACCACCAACCAAUGUUGUUUCCAACCUCACAGAUAGCAAGGUUCUUGAGCAACCAGACGAUCUAAAUGGGAUGCCUAUUGGAAUACAGGGUGGCUUGGACUGGCUCUAUUCAUAUCCACCUGGAUUUCGAAAAUUGCUAGUCUAUAUAAAAGAUAAUUAUGGAGAUCCAUUAAUUUACAUAACUGAAAAUGGGUGGGUUGAUAAAACCGAUAAUACAAAAACAGUUGAACAAGCUCGUGUUGAUCUUGAGCGGAUAGAAUAUCACAACAAACAUCUUCAAAGUUUACUAGAUGCAAUCAAAGCUGGUGUCAGAGUGAAAGGAUACUUUGUAUGGUCAUUGAUGGAUAACUUUGAAUGGGAUGAAGGUUAUUCAGCUCGUUUUGGACUAAUUUAUAUCGACUUUAAGAGUGGGAAAUAUUCAAGGUACCCAAAGAGCUCAGCAAUAUGGUACAAGCACUUUCUCCAUUAUGGUAAAACAUCUGUAGGCAAAACAAAGAACAAUCUUCUGGGUUACCAAACCUUCAAAGCGUCACAGAAAACAACAAAAUUCAAGUCCGAGAGCGACUGUUACUGUCUGGAUAUGCUUCUGCUUCUUCUGCCAAGGGUAAGGUCAUGGAAACUACUAGUAAAGGGACAAGUAUAAGGUAACUUGAUAAUACGAUUUGAAAGUAAAGAUGAAGAAAGGUAUAUAUUACGGAUAUUGGUUUCAUAAUAACCCAGGCGACAUGUAGCGCUGGAAUCAUUCGUCAGCAUAUUUAUAUCCCUUUUGGAGAAUUAUGUGUGUAUACAUAAUAUAUGUUCGAACCCUCUUGCCAGUAUGGUUGAUGGGCCAACUUAUUAUUUGGAUGGCGCUAAACCAAAUAUUCGUCCGAAUUAUCAAAUUUAUGUAUGGUUUCAAGGAUAUGUAAUCGCCUUGCCAGGUCUUGUAUGGAUUCUAAGGAUAUUUGGUUUAGCGAAUAAUACAUACCCAUCGACCCUUAAAAUA